GGGAUCUCAGCGCGAGGCCACGCCCCCCGGCGUCCCGGGGUUGGUUGCGCGGGCGCCGGGGAAGGAGACGCUGCCCUUCCGCAGCUAUGGGAGCCCAGUGCUGUGGAGGGACACUCUGGUCUGCGCAUCCCUGUCUCUCCCGGGCCCCGACGGUGCCCAGGACCCAGCCAGCAACCAGUUGAAGACCUUCUCCCGGGAAGCUCGUCUCCCCGAGGGCCCUGGCCUGGGGCGCUGGGCCUGCCAUGGCGUUCCGGAGGACCGAGGGCAUGUCCAUGAUCCAGGCCCUGGCCAUGACGGUGGCCGAGAUCCCCGUGUUCCUGUACACAACAUUUGGGCAGUCCGCCUCCUCCCAGCUGCGGCUGACGCCAGGCCUGCGCAGGGUGCUCUUCGCCACGGCCCUGGGGACUGUGGCCUUGGCCCUGGCCGCCCACCAGCUGAAGCGGCGCCGGCGGAGGAAGAAGCAGGUGGGCCCUGAGCUGGGAGGUGAGCACCUGGGCACUGUGCCCCUCCCCAUCCUCACGGCCAGGAAGGUCCCGUCAGUGAGGAAAGGCCACUCCAGCCGGCGGGUGCAGAGCCCCGGCAGCAAGAGCAACGACACCCUGAGCGGCAUCUCCUCCAUCGAGCCCAGCAAGCGCUCGGGCUCCUCCCACAGCCUGGCCUCGAUGGUGGCGGUGAACUCAUCCAGCCCCACGGCUGCGUGCUCCGGGCCGUGGGAUGCCAGAGGGCUGGAGGAGUCUGUGGCCGCCGGCGAUGGCCACGCCGAGAGCCUCUACAUGCAAGGCAUGGAGCUGUUUGAGGAGGCUUUGCAAAAGUGGGAGCAGGCGCUGAGCGUGGGGCAGAGGGGAGACAGCUGCAACACCCCCACACCCGGGGACAGCCUCCGCAACCCUGAGACCACUUCGGAGGUGCUGUCAGAGCCAGAGUCGCAGCGGAGGGAGUUUGCCGAGAAGUUGGAGACGCUGCUGCACCGGGCCUACCACCUGCAGGAGGAGUUCGGGUCCACCUUCCCCUCCGACAGCAUGCUGCUGGACCUCGAACGGACGCUCAUGCUGCCCCUGACGGAAGGCUCUCUGCGCCUCCAGGCAGAGGAUGAGGACAGUCUGACCUCGGAGGAUUCCUUCUUCUCCGCCACGGAGCUGUUUGAGUCCCUGCAUGUGGGAGAUUACCCGAUCCCCCUCUCCAGGCCUGCCGCUGCCUACGAGGAGGCCUUGCAGCUGGUGAAGGAGGGGAGAGUGCUGUGCCGCACCCCCAGGACAGAGCUGCUGGGCUGCUACAGUGACCAGGACUUCCUGGCCAAGCUGCACUGCGUGCGGCAGGCCUUCGAGGGCCUUCUGGAGGACGGGAGCAACCAGCUCUUCUUCGGGGAGGUCGGCCGGCAGAUGGUGGCAGGCCUGAUGACCAAGGCUGAGAAGAGCCCCAAAGGCUUCCUGGAGAGCUACGAGGAGAUGCUGAGCUACGCGCUGCGGCCCGAGACCUGGGCCACCACUCGGCUGGAGCUGGAGGGCCGCGGGGUGGUGUGUAUGAGCUUCUUCGACAUCGUGCUGGACUUCAUCCUCAUGGACGCCUUCGAGGACCUGGAGAACCCGCCGUCCUCGGUGCUGGCCGUCCUGAGGAAUCGCUGGCUGUCCGACAGCUUCAAGGAGACGGCCCUGGCCACGGCUUGCUGGUCGGUGUUAAAAGCUAAGAGGAGGCUGCUGAUGGUGCCCGAUGGCUUCAUCUCCCACUUCUACUCCGUAUCGGAGCACGUUAGCCCCGUCCUGGCCUUCGGCUUCCUCGGACCCAAGCCCCAGCUCGCAGAAGUCUGUGCUUUCUUCAAGCACCAGAUUGUGCAGUACCUGAGGGACAUGUUCGACCUGGACAACGUGCGCUACACGUCGGUGCCCGCGCUGGCGGAGGACAUCCUGCAGCUGUCCCGGCGCCGCAGCGACAUCCUCCUCGGCUACCUGGGGGCGCCGGCCGCCAGCAGCGUCGGCCUGAACGGGGCGCUGCCCCGCGGGAACGGGCCCCUGGAGGAGCUGCCGUAGAGGCCGUGAGGCCGGAGGGCGACGGCAGAGAGCCGCCUCCCCGCCUUCGGGGUGGCAUCGGAGGCCUGGGUGGCCGAGCCCAGACCAUGGUGGCUGUGGGCCGUUGCUUCCGACCUCGCCCCCUUUCUCGGGGCCCAUCUGACUGCCCUUGGCUGUCUGGACCGGUGCCCUGAGGGCGAGGGCGAGAUGGCAAGGAGGGCAGGUGGGGGAAGGUAUCCGGAGGAGACUUGAGACAGCAAAGGUGGACGCCCUGGCUGUGGGCCCGAACCUCCCCGAGCCCAGGGCCACCAGCAGGUGGGGCUGGAGGUGGAAGCGAAAGACUGGGAUGAGCAGGACGCCCGUGGGGUCAUAGGUGCCCUGAGCUAGCAGGGUCCAGGCAUCCGCCCGCCAGUCCUGACGCCCCUAGGACCCCCGUAGAGUUUCUGACUGGGGUGGGGUGAGGGGGUCUCCAGGUGAGGCUAGUGAGCGACUGGGUGGGUGCAGGCCUGGACCGGCCGGAGGUAGGACAGAGGUAGACCUGCUGGUUCCCGACGGGCAGGGACUGCGUGUCUGGCACCCCCAAGCCCGCACCUGGACACGUCCUCUCACCCCCCACCCCCGGCCCACGGAGACUCUCACUUCCCUUCCCACCUCGGCCACCACCAAAGCUGGAGGCUGCGGGCUGUUCCGCCCGCCCCUCCCUCCGUGGGCCCGGAACUCCCUGGGUGGUGCCCGGCGCCGGCUGGCAGGGCCAGGCCGUCACCUGUGCAGCCACCGUGGGGGUCCCGGGGUGAGGGGACCUGGAGGCCACGUGGGGGAGGCCAGAGGCCCCUGAGCCUCCCCGCGGUUGCACCCGCGGCAGGCUCCCUGUCAGCCGGGACGGCGCCUCACAGUGUUUCCACCUGAGGUGGGAGGUUUUAUUUAUUGCCUUAACACUUUAUUUUGAGGUUCUGUUCCUUCCCAGAUUGAGAGGCCUGGGGGUCCAGCUCCCGGGGAGGCCUGGCCCCUCAGCCCGCCUUCCUCAGGGUGGUGGGGGAGGGCCGACUCGGCCUGUCUGAGCUCCUCCCCUCCCCUUGUGCCCUGGCACUGGUCAGGGCUCCGGCCCCACCCCCCCAGGUCCAAGCCGGAGGGAGCAGCCCUCUACCCCACAUUCCGUUGCACUUACCCUCGCUGUGAAUGUAGCCUCGGGCCUGGCCCACGCUGACCCCCAGCCCCCCACAAGUGGCAUUUUCCUUUGUCUUUGUUUACACGUCCAUGCACUGCCUCGGGCGCUCGCUGCCGCUUCCAACUUGUCUGGUAGAGCGUGUACACAUCGACUCGGAGUCCAAUAAAUGACCCAAACGCCUCACCGUCCCCUGC